UACAAAAAUUACAUAUGUAGUUUUUGCCUGAUUUUCUUGCUCUUUCUCUCUCUCUCACAAUUCUCCCCUCAAACUAUUUCCACAUAAAUUACAUUUAGAACAAUGGAAAGAAGACGAGUCAUCCAGCUAUUUGCUGUCCUUGGCGUGGGCACCGUAUACAGUUUAUUAAACUACUGGGGUAACAUGCGGCCUGACAUUGGCCUGUUAGACAUGGGAAAUCUACCGUCUCAAAUCUCUCCCACGGACGCUAUCGUAUUGCGAUAUUUACGCGAGCAGAAGUUGACACCUCCCGCCAAACGGGAGCAACCUUACCGUCUCGGAGGAGGAGAGAAUAGCGCCGACAUGGCGAACAUACUCGCAGCCGUGGACCAUAAGCGGGGCGGAUACUUCAUCGAGUGCGGGGCGAAUGAUGGAGAAUUUUUAUCGACAUCGCUCCCAUUGGAGAGAGACUGGGGAUGGAGCGGUCUCCUCCUCGAAGCGUCGCCAUCCCUUUUUCAGAAACUUUUAACCAGAAAUAGGAAAUCUUGGGCGGCUAAUGUCUGCCUCUCUGGGAGAGUAGAGCAGAACGAGUUUAAAGUUUACAAUAAAAGCGAAGAGAGCUGGAUGUCAGGAAUUGGCAAGAUUGUUCCCGGGAAAAAGUACAAAUAUCCGAGGUUUCAAGGCCAGACCGUGUCCUUCAAGGGGUUCAGAACGGAAGGGAAAAUCGACUGCUUUCCACUGGUCUCACUUCUUACCGCCCUCAACGUCACGACGGUCGAUUUUUUCUCCUUGGACGUUGAAGGUCACGAAAUGGAAGUACUGAAAACCAUCCCGUUCGACCAAAUUGACAUCAAAGUUCUAUUUGUGGAACAUAUACUCAUCCCAGAAGGGAAAGAAGGACUUCGAGCCUUUUUGAAGGGAAAGGGCUACAAUGUUGUCGUCGCCUCCAGUACAGACUUUUUGUUUAAAAAGGCGAGAUGAGAUAAUUUAGGUUAACUUGUUGAAGUAUCCUUUUUGUAAUUUUUAAGUAGUAUUUACAUAGUUGAGGAACAAACAAAGUGACGAUUACUGUGCUUCCUUAUAUUACUCUUUAUCAUUGGUUCUUCAUAUUUUAUGUAGGUGGUAUAUAUGGGAACAAUGUAAAUUAAAAUGACAAUUUUAAUGUA